AUGGAGCUUGAGCUCGACGACCUCGACGUCGACCUCUCCGGCUGCAGCACUGAAACUACAAGCACCACCAACACGGCCAUUUCCCCUGACCAGUGGUACGACUGGUCUCCCGUCGUCGACUGGGAGGCUCUAGCUCCCAUUGACCACCUCGCCGGCGGUGGAGACUUUCACGAGCUUUUCGAGUCCAUGAUGGAGGGCGGUGAGAGGGACUCGCUGUCGUCCGAGCUCGUUGAGGAAACGUCAAACUCGUGUUACACCACGACGUCUUCGCAGUCGACGGAGGUGACGAUGCUGGACGAAGGCGCGGCAUCGAACAGCGAGGAUACGAAGGGGCUGAGAUUGGUGCAUCUAUUGAUGGCGGCGGCGGAGGCGCUCACCGGCGCCAACAAGAGCCGAGAUCUGGCUCGUGUGAUAUUGGUUCGGCUCAAAGAGUUGGUCUCCCCAACUGACGGUACUAACAUGGAGAGGCUCGCGGCGUAUUUUACCGAGGCGCUUCAGGGUUUGCUAGAAGGCGCCGGGGGCGUCAGCCACUCCAAGCAUUUGAUCGGAAACGGGUCCCACCGCGACCACGGCCACCACCCCACGGACGUGAUCGCGGCGUUUCAGCUACUACAGGACAUGUCGCCCUAUGUUAAGUUCGGCCACUUCACGGCCAAUCAGGCCAUCUUGGAGGCUGUGGUCCAUGACAGGAGGGUCCACAUAGUCGACUAUGACAUCAUGGAGGGUAUCCAAUGGGCGUCCUUGAUGCAGGCCUUGGUGUCCAGGAAGGAUGGCCCACCUACCCCACAUCUUAGGAUCACGGCUUUGUCGCGAGGCGGCAGCGGCCGGAGGUCGAUCGGGACCGUCCAGGAGACCGGUCGUCGUCUGACGGCGUUUGCCACUUCCAUUGGUCAACCGUUUUCGUUUCACCAAUGUAGGUUGGAUUCGGACGAGACAUUUCGACCCUCUGCUCUAAAGUUGGUUAAGGGCGAGGCCUUGGUAAUCAACUGCAUGCUAAACCUUCCACACUUCAGUUACCGAUCCCCUGAUUCGAUUGCUUCCUUUUUAUCUGGAGCUAAGACACUAAACCCUAGACUGGUAGCCUUGGUUGAAGAAGAGGUUAGGCCAGCGGGAGAUGGAGGCUUCGUGGCUCGGUUCAUGGACUCAUUGUAUCACUAUUCGGCUGUCUAUGACUCUCUCGAGGCCGGCUUUCCAAUGCAGAGCCGGGCUCGAGCAUUAGUUGAGAGAGUGUUCUUGGGACCUCGAAUUGCCGGGUCAUUGGCUCGUAUCUAUCGAGCCCACGGGGAAGUAGGUUGCUCUUGGUGGGAGUGGUUAAGUGCGGAGGGGUUUAAGCCAACGCCAAUAAGCUUUGCUAAUCAUUGUCAGGCAAAGCUUUUGUUGGGUCUUUUCAAUGAUGGUUAUAGGGUGGAGGAGGUGGCAUAUCAUAGGUUGGUUUUAGGUUGGAAAUCAAGGUCCUUACUAUCAGCUUCCAUUUGGACUUCUCCCCCGGAAUCUGAUGUUGCUAAUUAG